AUGACUGGUUAUUGCAAUGCAGUAAGAAAGCUAGAGAAGAAGUUUGAGGGGUUAGAGCUCCACCACAUACCCCAAAUCAAGAAUCAAGCUGCUGAUGAUCUGGCAAAGUUAGGUUCCACUCAUAAACCUAUACCUAGCAAUGUGUUCUUGGAGCAUCUCCAUACCCCGUCAGUCCAAGAAGAUCCUUUCACGGAGGAGCCCCAGCAACCGAAAAGUCCAACCGAUCCGAUUGAGAUUGAAGUCCCGGCCAUAGUCGACUUAAUCAUGGAAGUUUUGGUUAUCACCCCCGACUGGACAGUACCGUAUAUGGCGUACCUGCUCAGGAAGGAGCUUCCAGAAGAUGAAGAUGAGGCCCGUCAGAUUGUCCGUCGAUCCAAAGCCUUCACAGUGAUAGGUGAACAGCUUUACAGAAAUAGUGUUACUGGAGUUGCUCAGCGUUGCAUCUCCCGUGAAGAAGGUCGAAUGAUCCUACAUGAGAUCCACUCAGGGACCUGUGGUCACCAUGCGUAG